AGUAGCAGGCCAUACGAAGCUCAAUUUCAGAAUGCGCUUCCGCUCUUUUCUUCUUCCUCAAAUCUGAGAUUCCCGCACUCCGAAAUCCCAAAUUCCAAAUAUCUUCUCUAGGGUUUUACAACUCCUGCUCUUCUUGCUCGUCAAGUACUUGUUCAUCAUGAGUUUGGACAGAAGGCAAAGCCCUGUGCGUGCCAAACGGUUUCGUAGUGAUGAACGCAUAUCUUACCGUGAUGCACCUUACUUGAGGGAUCGCCAAACUUACCGGCAAGAUUACUUAUGCAACAAGUGUAAGCGACCUGGACAUUUUGCAAGGGAUUGUCCAAAUGUUACUGUAUGCAACAAUUGUGGGCUUCCGGGCCACAUUGCUGCUGAAUGCAACUCAACCACCAUGUGUUGGAACUGUAAGGAGGCUGGACAUCUUGCAAGCCAAUGCCCCAAUGAGCCAGUUUGCCAUACGUGUGGAAAGAUGGGUCACCUAGCUCGUGACUGCCUGGGCACGGGAUUUCCAUCUCAUGAUGCUAGGCUCUGCAACAAUUGCUAUAAGCCAGGCCACGUUGCUGCUAAAUGCACCAACGAGAAAGCAUGCAACAACUGUCGUAAAACUGGCCACCUUGCUCGCGACUGCACAAAUGAUCCUGUCUGCAACAUCUGCAACAUAUCUGGCCACUUGGCUCGACAAUGUCCAAAGUCAGGCCUUUUGUCAGACACCGGAGGUGGAUCUUUCCGGGACAUCGUUUGCCGCAACUGUGGUCAGCCAGGCCACAUCAGCCGUGAAUGUGUGUCCAUUAUCACAUGCAACAACUGUGGUGGGAGAGGCCACCUAGCUUUCGAGUGCCCUUCUGCUAGGAUGUACGACCGUGGACCACGUAGGUAUUGAUUAGUAACCAGCUAAUGGGUAAGGGAUAUGAUUUACUAUUCAUAAUUCAUUCAUGGAAUUACCAACUUUUAGGCAUGUAGAUGAUAAUUUUGUUAUGAAUUGAUUGAAUUCUAUAUUAAAUCAACAAGUCAAUU